AUGUUUACAAAGAUCUGCCUAGCCGCCGCCGUUUUCUGCGCCAUAAGCGUUUCGGCACAACACGAGCAUCAUCACCACGGCCACGCCUCCUCCUCACAGAGCAUCAAGCAGCACCACGGACACGCCACUGAGAAACACGUCGAGUACUAUGCUCACCCUAAGUACGAGUUCGCGUACAAAGUGGAGGACCCUCACACCGGCGACAAGAAGUCGCAGCACGAGGCGCGCGACGGCGACGUCGUGAAGGGCGUGUACAGUCUGCAUGAGCCUGACGGUACUAUCAGGAUCGUAGAGUACCACGCUGACAAGAAGACCGGAUUCAACGCUAACGUGAGGCGUGAGGGUCACGCCAAGCACAUUGUUCCUGAACACCACCACCACCAUGUACUUUGUGCGCUAUCUGUUGCCAUAGCGGUGGUCUCCGCUCAUGGCUACUCAUCUCAAUAUGUCAACAAACACGACGGCCACCACGAGCCAGUGCACCACGGACAUGAUCACCACGACUACUACACUCACCCCAAGUACGAGUUCGAGUACAAGGUGGAGGACUCUCACACGGGCGACCACAAGUCGCAGCACGAGCACCGCGACGGUGACGUCGUCAAGGGACACUACUCGCUGCAUCAGCCCGACGGCUCCGUCAGGGACGUCCACUACAGCAGCGACGAUCACACAGGCUUCCAUGCUGACGUGAAGUACAGCACCCACCACGAGAUCCCUCACCAUCAUCACCACCACUGAAGAGUCGUUAUGUAAUGUCUUACCUCAACUGAAAGAACUGAUAUUGUUACUAUGUUAUGUUAUAAAUAAACUCAAUAUUUAU